AUGGAUAGAACUUUUAGGAAAAUGAUAUUUGGCGGUAUGAUGGUAGCGAUCGCUUUUUGGAUCUCCGGGUUCAUCGAAACACGCAUCAAGGUGAAUUUACCAGAAUUGCCGAAUGGCGAAGAAGUGCAGGUAAGGAUAAUUAACGGUUUCAACUGUCCGGUUGCAAUUGAUGCAUCGAGUAUUGAUCCUCAUACUUUUGUAUUGAGCCCUCGUGGAAUGUACACAAAUAAACACGUCCCUUCGGCAUCCUAUCAGUCAAUAACGAUUUCUAUGAAGGGAACGUGUUUUGCACCUGCAAGCAAAACAAUAAACGCCGAAGCCGGUACAUCUGUAUCGAUAUUGCUGAAAAAUGAAGACGGACAGGCUGUUAUCAUAUCCUACGAGCAAAGACUGGAAAAAUCUGAAGCUGGCGAGCCUAUUAUCACAGUCGCCGGUGCCAGAAUGAUGGACAGUGUCAUUUUGAAGGAUUCUAAAGGAGUAGAAGUGGCGAUGGCUCCAACACCCACUUUUAUUGCUGGCGAACCGGUUAUGACUGAUGGGACCAGAUUGAAACAAGUUGUCGUCGAAAAGUACGAAUUGUUACUUAACGGCAUCAGCAUCAAGAAAUUCGACAUGUACCAGGGUGGUGUUUACUUGGCAACAAUAUCUGGCAACACUGCCGACUUUUACGAGAUCACAGAACCGAACGUUGUCCAUAUAUCGUGGAUGUUGCCGCAGAGCAUUUUGCUAAUUUUUGGCGAAAUUUACUUUGACAUUAACUUGUGGCAGUUUACGUAUACCGAGGCUCCUGCAACCUGCAAAGUGUUGGUGAUGGCUCUGCAACUUGCGAUGAACUCCUGGGGCGAAAUGUUUGUUGACAGUAUCCUUCGCAUCGAAGGUCUUGAUCACGAUCACAAAUUGUAUAUUGAGGCGACCUGUCUUGCUAUCAGCAUGGUGAUUUUUGGAUUUGUGGGCAAGAUCUUCAAACCUCUGGCAACCAACAAUGUCCUGAUCUAA